CAAAUAAAUAACAAGCAAGUAUUGUUUAUUCGAAAUCAAACGGAGAAAGUGUUUUAAUAAUGUCUUCCGAAGUAUAUAAUCAAGUGAAAUCGGCUGCCAGCAGCUCAUUAAUUUAUAAAUAAAUAUAUUAAAUAUAUUGUGGCGUGUGUGAGUGAGCAACAUCGAUAAAAAGCUCCCCAAAGAAAUUUCUUUUCGGCGGCGAAACGUGAAAACACAUUGCUAAAUUAUCUUCGCCGAACAAAAAAACCACCGAGAACUCUCAGCCCAAAAUAACAGAAAAAAAAAUCGAAUCGCAGAUCAUUCCGUUCCACUUUGAUUAACCCCAUCGCGCCGACUGUCCCUUGGCAUUGAUUGUUGACAUUCUCGCCGAGAAGAUAUGCAAAUGGGAAUAUGCGAAUAUCUUGCACACACACUCGAGUUGUAAAUUAAAUUCCCAAGCUUAAAGUGCCGACGGCGCCGGGUGGAAGCCAGGACAAAGGACAUCGUCAUCAGGUGCUCGUGUCCCCUGAACCGUGCCACAAUAAGUACCCGACCUGUGGCCGCAGAAUUGAUGUUCGUGCGAAAGUUGCACGUUGGCUGCCCCACUGCUAUGCCCAGGAUUCGAGUAGGGCAAGUGGGUCAGUAGUAGACUCCGGGAGCCAUGAGUGGUGCAGCGGUUGCGCGGCUCCUGCUCCGCCUGGAGCUACCCUCGCCGGGUGUGAUGCCACCGCCGCCCACGGACUACGACUACGGUGGGCCCAUCAGCGACGAUGAGUUCCUGGCCAGUGCGAUGGCCACCGAGGGUCCAACGGUGCGCUACGAUCUGUUCCCGCAAAACCACAGUCAAUCCACGCUGCAGAUCGUGCUCAAUCACACGGAGGUGCAAACGGAUCUGCAGUAUCCGCACUACGACGACUUGGGACUGGAUCCCGAACCGAAUUGGACGCGAAUCUGCGAGGAUGUGUACAACCCGCUGCUGGAGAACAAUCGCAUUGAGUUCUGGGUGUGCGGAGUGCUGAUAAAUAUCGUCGGUGUCCUCGGCAUCCUGGGCAACAUAAUCUCCAUGAUAAUCCUCUCCCGGCCGCAGAUGAGAUCCAGCAUCAACUACUUGCUCACUGGCUUGGCCCGCUGCGAUACGGUGCUGAUUAUCACCUCCAUACUGCUGUUUGGCAUACCCAGCAUAUAUCCCUACACUGGUCACUUCUUCGGCUACUAUAACUACGUAUAUCCGUUUAUAUCGCCGGCGGUAUUCCCCAUAGGCAUGAUAGCCCAGACAGCGAGUAUAUAUAUGACAUUUACGGUGACUUUAGAGAGAUAUGUAGCCGUGUGUCACCCAUUGAAGGCGAGGGCGCUCUGCACUUACGGCAGAGCUAAGAUAUACUUCAUAGUGUGUGUGUGCUUCUCGUUGGCCUACAAUAUGCCCAGGUUUUGGGAGGUCCUGACUGUCACCUAUCCCGAACCGGGCACGGAUGUAAUACUCCACUGCGUGAGACCUUCGAGACUGAGGCGAUCGGAGGCGUACAUCAACAUAUACAUACACUGGUGCUACCUGAUCGUAAACUAUAUCAUACCCUUUCUCACCCUGGCCAUACUGAAUUGCCUGAUAUACAGGCAGGUGAAGCGGGCCAACAGGGAGCGCCAGAGGUUAUCGAGAUCGGAGAAAAGGGAGAUCGGCUUGGCCACAAUGCUGCUGUGCGUGGUGAUAGUGUUCUUUAUGCUCAACUUUCUACCGCUGGUGCUCAAUAUAUCCGAGGCCUUCUACAGCACCAUCGAUCAUAAGAUAACGAAGAUCUCCAAUCUACUGAUCACCAUCAAUAGCAGCGUCAACUUUCUCAUAUACAUCAUUUUCGGCGAAAAGUUCAAGCGCAUUUUUUUACUCAUUUUUUUCAAGCGCCGCCUGAGUCGUGACCAACCGGAUCUCAUCCACUACGAGAGCUCCAUAUCGAACAACGGCGAUGGAACUCUGAACCACCGCUCCUCCGGCCGCUUCUCGCGGCACGGCACCCAGCGGAGCACCACCACCUACCUGGUGGCCACCGGCGGACCAGGCGUCGGGGGAUGCGUUGGUGGCGGUGGCAAUAGUUCCCUCAACAAUGUGCGACUGACCCAGGUCUCUGGCUCACCCGGCCUGGUCAAGAUCAAGCGGAAUAGAGCUCCCUCGCCCGGUCCAGUGGUCUACUUUCCCGCCCGCGAAAUGCAGAGAUCCGCGUCCACCACCAACUCGACCACCAAUAACAAUACUUCCAUUGGUUACGACUGGACCCUGCCGGACAGCAAAAAACUGGGACACGUCUCCUCCGGAUUCUGAGAUUGUGUCCGGGGGAAAACGAUUCGCAUGGGUCACUGGGAAGGGGUGGACUUAGUGCACUAGACUUGUAAAUAUAAGUAGACACGGAAAUAGGGUGUAACAAACAGCUGUGGUCAAAAUACUAGUAAGGAUUUCGUUGAAUUUAGCUAAAUGUAACAUUUGGAUUUUACAGGAGAUAUAAUUUCCAAUCCUUCUGAUUUAUGAGAUGAAAUAAUUACGUUUAUUUAAAUGAUAUUUUUACUCACAAAAAGGAAUUAUAAUUGCACUUUUACAAAAUAAUUAUAAUUUUUCAAAUUAUUACCAAAGAUAUAUAAACAUUUUCUUGGCUAAAUAAUUAUUCUAUUAUAAAAGGUGAACGUAGCUUUCUAACAUUAAAGUGAACCCCCGAAGAAUACUUAUAUUUUGACCGUAGUUUGUAUCUACUAAGUUCUAGUUUGUACUACUAAGUACUAGUUUGUACUACUAAGUACUAGUUUGUACAGAAGGCAUAAACUAAGCGCUCCAAGCGUUGCGUUACUUUGUGAUAAGCGUUGAAUGUUUCCUUUCCCAAUUUCUCUACUACUCCUCCAGAACUUAACUCGUUGAUAUAGCUGUUAAGAAAGUUAGUUUCAGUUGCGACCAGGCUGAAGAAAAUAGUUUCUUAGACUGAGAUUUUAAUAUGGUUUUCCUGGCGUUUUCCCAUCAUUUCUCUGGCCCAAUGAAUUGAAUUUGUAUCAAUUUCGCACUAAAUUAGUCAUCGAAAAUUUGCCGAACCCGAUAUCGCUUCACUUUCUACUGGCCUUUGUCCGAAGUUUUAUUUAUUAGCGUAAACUUUAGCCGCCUUUAAUUAAAUAUCCUUUACGACGCAUUUCUCGGCGGAACUUGAUGAAUGGUUUUCCUUUUCUUUGGCUGAUUUGGGUUUUCCGAACUUUUCGAUUUGCCUCACACUUUCCCGGAAACUGGUGUUCUUUGGGUCUAAAUAUACAAAAAAGGCCGGGCAAUCUGUCAACUUGUCAGAAAGUUUUAAAAAUGCCGCUCAAAGUUCAGUCAGCUCAAAAGUUUGCCAGCAUUAUUUAGUCGCCCGAAAAACUCAAGUAGCUCAAUUUAACAGCAAAUGCAACAAUAAUAAACAACAAAAGAAAAAGACAUUUUCAGGUGUUCACAAAAGAAUUAUUUUUAUUGCUCCUUGGCCCCCAAAACAUGUAAUACCCAAUAUACUGUGUAAAUACUUUUAAGAGUUUAUGUAUAUACUUAUGAUCUAGUAUGCCAAGCAUAAACGAAAACCAAAGAGAUUUAGAUUUCAAUUGAAGUCCAGGAAAGAGGGGAUACUAAGUUAUUAUUUUGAGAUAAAUAAACGAUAAUUAUAAAGCUUCCCGCAGUUUACAAAUAAACUUUAUGUUUAUAAUCAAUGCUCAUAAAAUUCAGCAGUUAAUAAAUAUUAAUAAACACCUAGUCAUUUGAUGAAAACCAAUGACUUAGUAUCUCCCUUUCCUAAUAAUAAUAAAAUUCAUGUAGACCUAGUAUAGCUUUAAUAUUGUAUAGUCUUAGCAAAUACGUAAUCGAAACUAAUUUAAACAAAUUCAACGA